AUGCUGGUAGCUGUUUGUAGGGGCGCCGGAGCUCUGUUAAAAUCAUCAUAUCACCGAAGUCGUCCGAAUCCUCAGUUGGUGCUGGAGCCCAAGACGUCCUUGGCGGCUUUUGUCGAGGUGGCUGUGUUGGAGGUUGCUGUGGAGGUUGAUGUGGAGGUUGCUGUGGAGAAGCAAUGUCAAGGAAACAUCUUAAUCGUUGGAGAGGCCAACCUGCAGUGUACAGUAGCUGGAAUUGGAAUGAUCGAGUGUAUGGAAGAAAUGGUUAUUUUCCAAUCGGAAAUGGAAAUUGGGAGAAACCCCAUAUUCCCUUUUUCGGAGACGAAAUUUCCAAAGUACCCCAAUCGGAGGUUUCCAACUCCGAUAGUCAUCACCAGUGUGCAGAAGGAAACAGAAGAAAGCGUCAACAAAGAUGAGACAAAAGAGGAAAUCAAGCAAGAAGAGAAUCCAAAGGAUGAUGUUCUGGAAGAAGUUCAACAAAUGGUUGCCAAUUUGAAGAUUCUCAACACUACAAUCGAUAAUUUGAGCAAGAAGAUCAACUCUAAUCAACAUCAACAAAGUAACGUGAAUUACCACAUGAGCCACUACUUCAACGGAAGUCGAUUUGUAAUGCCUCAUCCAAAUUAUGGAUAUCAUCAUCGAACAGUAUACCAUCCACAGUACGGAACUACAAAUCACUUUGGACAGUACGGAAAUCGUCAUUAA